GUCUAAGAUAAUUGAUUAAUCAAAUAUUUGAAUUAGGGAGACAAUUAUGAACUGAUGCCAUAAAUUGCCCUGAAUUGUUCUGAGAGAAAAACUUCCCAGCAAGAAGGUGACAUGGCAUUCUCACCGGCCUCUCGACUAGCCAAUCUUCGGCGGCACUUGGAUUUGACCGAAGCAGUCAACAAGGUUGCGCAAAUCAAUGGAAUUGGAGGAUCAAUGAAAGUGAAGGUAGCCUCAGAGGUUUCUCAAGCAUUAUCAUUGGGGCGAGCAGUUGUUGCUCUGGAAUCUACCAUCAUUUCACAUGGGAUGCCAUAUCCUCAAAAUUUGCAAACUGCAAUAGAGGUGGAAAGUAUUGUAAGAGAGAAUGGUGCAGUUCCUGCCACCAUUGCAAUUUUAGACGGCACGCCCUGUGUAGGUCUAAGUCUAGAAGAACUUGAAAGACUAGCUAGUCUGGGAACCAGUGCUCGGAAGACAGCUCGAAGGGACAUUGCAAAUGUUGUAGCUCGAGGUGAAAAUGGUGCAACUACUGUUUCUGCAACAAUGUUUUUUGCUUCUAUGGUUAAUAUUCCCAUCUUUGUGACUGGGGGGAUUGGGGGUGUGCACCGUCAUUGGGAACAUAGUAUGGACAUAUCUUCUGAUCUCGUUGAGCUAGGCAGAACACCAGUAGCAGUUGUAUGUGCUGGUGUAAAAUCAAUAUUAGAUAUUCCCAGGACGCUUGAAUAUCUGGAAACACAAGGAGUUUGUGUUGCUGCAUACAAGACCAAUGAGUUUCCUGCAUUUUUUACGGAAACAAGUGGCUGCAAGGUUUCAUGUCGGGUAGACAGCCCGGAAGACUGUGCUUGCAUAAUAGAUGCAAGCUUCAAACUCAAGCUAGGAAAUGGAAUUUUGAUAGCAGUUCCUAUUCCUCAAGAACACUCAGCUUCUGGACACAUAAUUGAAUCUGCCAUUCAUAAAGCCAUUAAAGAAGCCAGGGAAAACAAUAUAACAGGGAGUGCUGAGACUCCUUUCUUGCUCGCUAAAGUAAAUGACCUGACUGGAGGUGCCUCACUUGCUGCAAACAUUGCUCUUGUGAAGAAUAAUGCUCUUGUUGGAGCUAAAGUUGCAGUAGCCCUUGCCGAGAAAAGAAAAAAUUGUGAAAGAUCAGAUGGGAGUGGAGUGGACAUGUUGAUGAUGCUGUGUCCAACAGGCCCAACAAGUUGAACACGACUCGCCAUCUGAGAACAACUUAACAUGCGUGGUCCACUCUCUAGACACGCGGAAACACACAACCCAUCUCGUCUGCUCCUUCAUGAGCUGGUGUUCUAUUUUCCUUCUUUAUGAGUGUUCGUCUAUCAACACAUUGGAAGUAGCCAUUGUCAGCCUUUGAACCACCAGACCAUCAUAGUUGGUACACACUACAUUCUAACUUAGAGCAAAGGUAGUUAGGAUACUGAGUGGUUAGUUAGGUGGUGUUGGUAUGAACAACCAUUCAAGAGUUUAUUACUAUUUGGAUUAUAAUUAAAGAGGCACUCAACCUUCUAACAGAAUUAAAAAAGUCUAAGUGUGAGCAACAAAAUAAAACUCUGGGAAUUUAUGAGAAAGCGGAGAGUAAUAUCUGAGAAUAUCUAAUGAAGCUUUUCAUUUUCUUAUCUGGUGAAAUAAGCGACGAGACAUUACAUCUAGUGUUUGUUGUACAGUAGGUGAAAACUGUUACCACAGCUAACUAACUCCAGAAAAGCUAUUCCAACUAACAACCUUGAACAACAACUAAGGCUUUCAGAAAUAACUCACUUCUGUAAUAGAAUGUUAUGGCCCAAGCUACUGACCCUUUAAGCCCAAUUGAGCUGACAGACCAACUGGAAGCAGCAGGGCCAACACGACAAACUGCAUGCAAACGUAAUAGUGUUAAGCCCAACUGUUUCAAGGGCUAUGAACAAUUUUAGUUUUGCAGAGAGUAAUAAGAACAAAACUACCUGCAAGCGUGAGAAGGAUUUCAUUGCAAUUUUGUUUUGCUUAGUCGUGAAAUUUGUCACACAUGAUUGUGCUAUAUGUAAUAGUAGGAUUAGGAUAGAAUAAAAAAUGCAGAAAUAGAAUGUUCAGUUUGUUUCAAUUUUGUUGCAAGGAGGCGGCUCCCCUCUAAAGAAGCAGUUUUUCUCUUCUGUUAUUACUCUUUUGCUUGCAGUACCUUAUACGUGUCUUAGUGUGAACAUGGAUGAUUUUAGAUUGAAUUGACAC